UUUUUCAUUCCAACCAUUGACAUUAACUUGCUGGCUGUACAUUAUUUAACAAUAUUUUUUCUGUAGAUCGUUAUUAAAAAUUACAAUUUGAUAAGCUAGAGUGCUAAUUAAUAUUUUUCAUACCAUUGUUGUUUCUUGCGUUUAGUUACAAUGAACAAAAUACGACUGACAAAUAUCAUAAACAACGAAGUGUUUACUUAUUCUACUAUAUUGAUUAAAGGAUUUGUGGACAUUACUGACGUCGAUUCGAAUUUGAUACUCAAACAUUAUUCAAAUAAUGCCAAGCAAUUGGCAGAAUCCCGAUGGACUGUGUAUGAAAACAAAUUCAAAGUAAUAAUUGAAUUGAAAAUUGGUGAUAACUCGUUGGUUUUUAAAUUUGGAAACGAAGUCUUGUACAUAAAAUUGAUAUACAAACAAAGAGCUACUAACUACACUGUAUGUCCAGUGUAUGUUAUUUGUGCUGAUCAUGAUGGAAGAUUUCAGGUACCUACCUAUCUAAAUGAAUAAUUUUAAUUUUAAAUUAUUCAAGUAUAAAAUCUUAUCAGUCUAUUAUUAUUCUAUUGAGUAGAUAUAUAUAUAAUAUAAAAUAUAUUUGCUUGUUUUAGGCUCCUAUAAACCAUGAUAAUUCUGUUCAAAACGCUUGCAUCAAAAUAAAAUUAUGCUCAAAAUUAAUUCAAAUGUUGACGGCCGAAAAAAUGUACGAAAAAGGUUUUGGAAAAAAAACAUUUCAAGUCGAAAAAGACUGUCGUAUAAUUAAAAGUUCAUUAACAAGACGUACUGUAUUUAAUAUGCAUCCAGAAAAAUUAUGGGAGUAUAUAGCUAGAGAGUUGACAGCUGGCCCAAAUUCAAAACAUCAAAAAUUUUUAGCUUUUUUAUCAUGCACUUAUUGGGAUGGACAGAAUUUACAUGGACAUGUUGCAUUAGGUGGUGGUGGUUUGGCAUUAUUCGGAACCGGUUGCCUUUAUACUUGGCCUAGCAAGUUGGAGGAAGUUUUACCAUGUUUCAUGAAUAUGACAAAAGUUGAUACCGGCACAUUAUUAGAUGAUAGCUGUUUUAGGUAAUUAUAUCUAUGAUAUUAUUUUUAUAGUAAAAGAAAUAUUAAAUUAAUUGAUUUUAUAGAGGAAAUUUUGGUGGAUGCUUUAGCACAACAUUAGGUUCGGUUUGGCAUGAAUUGGGACACACAUUUGAUUUAGGCCAUUCUAAAUAUGGUAUAAUGGGCCGUGGAUUUGAUAAUGUCCAUUUAAUUUUUACCCUGGACAACAAAAAUAUUGCUCAAGAAAUUAUGCCUGCUAGCAAAGGAUAUAUAAUAUGCAUUGACAACUAUUCACACACUAUUAAUAUGAAUGAUGAUAUGUCCAAUAAUAAUAACAACAACAACAAUACAAACACAAAUGAAACAACAGAUGACUACGAUUCAAAACAUAUCUGUUGGUCAAUGGGAUGUGCAUCAAUUCUUUCAUUUCAUAAGUAAAAAUUGUAUUGUUUAUUAGACUAUUUUUAUUUUUUUAUUGUUUAAUGUUUUUGUUUAGGUGGUUCAACGAUUGCAAAGAAGAAGAAAACAAAAGCGAAAACACAAUUGAUUAUGUAGCCAAAAGGUUAUAGCAUACUAUACUAUUAUAAUAAUGUUAAAUAAUCUGUAGUUUGGUGCAAGAAUGGUCAAUGUGAGAAAAAAGUGUAUUAUAAUAAUUAGGGUUAACGUUAAAUUUUUGAAAUUUUUUACAUGUUUUACAUUUUUAUUUUAUUUUUUGACAUUGAUCUUUUUUGUACCAAGCUACAGAUAUAAAAUCAUACAUUUUUUUUUUCAAAUUUUAGGAACUUAUUAACUUCAAAAAACGGUUUACGGGUAGUUCAAUUAAGGAGAGAAGACGGCCUGGUCAUGCACUCAUGGGAAUUUGUUAAAAAUAAUAACAAACGUACAUUCAUUCUUCCUGUACAAUUAGCAAAUAAUGGUAUAACUAUUAUUGCUGAGGAUUCUAAUGGAAAUAUUUUAAAACAUUUACUGUGAUUUACUUUCACAUUACUUUAAUUUUAAAAUAAGUAUUUAUUGACUGGUGGAUAUUCAAAUAUUCAAUUUAGUAAUUAAUUU